AUGAAAACAAAAACUUUUAGUCAGAGUUGUUCUAUUGAGGGAAGAUUAAGAGGUAUGAUAUUAUAUAAUUAUCCAAGCUCGGAGUUUAAGUGCAUCACAUUAUUACUAUUUUUUGGAAGCACCUAAAUAUCGAGUCUCACAAGCUACGAUCAUCAAAACUGAGAGUUAAUAGAAAUCAAGAAGAUUACUAUUUCAUCAUAGAACUAUGUUGAUAGAUAAACUCAUUUAAAGAGAUAAGAGAUAAUAAAAGUAAAAAGUGCUAAGAGAUAAGAUGUAUGAAAUUAAUGAAUCCCAGUAACGAAGACUUAGUUGCCAUUGUAAUGAAUGUGGGAAACAAUCAAAUAAAAUGAAUAAAUUUCAUAAUUUAUAACAGAAAUCAAAGAAAAUCACAUAAGAUUUCUGGUCCAGUUCAAUUUUACAGCCAUAAUAAUAAUCUUUACUCACAGUCUCAACUAAAUCAUUAAAGUCAUCUACAACUCUCCUCUCAAUUCCAGAUACGAGUCCUCAUAAACUCAGAUCUAAAAUUGAAAGUCCAAAUUAAAAGAAAUUAUACUCAAACUAUAAAUUAAUUAGUGUACCUUCUUUAAAUUUGAAACCAUAUCUUUGGGAAUAAUCACCUUAAAAAAAAGUUAAUCAUCUCUAAACAGAUGCAACCUAAUUAAUAUUGAGACCCAUAUCACUCAGAUCAUCAGCUCCUAAUUUAGAGACAUUUGACUAUCCAUCAAAAAAUAGCAGUCCCAGAAGAGGAAAAUCAAAUUAAAAUAUAAAGUAAGACAUUCAAGUAUUGACUCAAAGAAACUUAUCUAAAAGAAUGAUUUAAACUUGUUAUUUAAAGACAUUCUCUGGUAUUCAUAUUCGCAAUACCAUACUGAGUACAAAAAAAGAAAUAAAGUAUUGA